CUUCAACAUGGACCCAGGAAAGUCCUCCGAUUCAGAUGUAAUGAAGGACCUGAAUGUGCGCUUCGCCAAGUAUAUCAACGAGAUUCGGUCCCUGGAGAAAAAGAACCGUACACUGCAGGUGGAGAUUGACCUGAUGCGAAGCGAAGCGGAAAAAAAAUCUGCUCAGUUUGAGAAACGCUGCGCCAACUUAAAUGCGCAGAUCCAGAACCUGAUAAAGGACAAAUCUGAUUUGGUUCAGCAGAUCAACAGUCUGAACGAAAGUUUGCUGAAAGAGGAGAAACAGAGAAAAGAAGCAGAACAAAGAUUUAUAGAUUUACAAGACGAGAAAGAUACAGAAAUCCAGGACCUGGAGUCGGAAAUUUCAACCCUGAGUGAGCAGAUCAGAAAAAAGACUAAGGAGCUGGAGACCUUGAAGACAGAAAUUACUAGCAGCUCCGGUGACGCUGUUGAUGGAAACACCUUGGAGGAGAUUUUGUCAAAAGUUAGGGAAGAGGCUGAAAGAAUUGCCGGGAACCACAAUGAUGCCGAGCUUAAAGAGCAACACAAAGCUAAGAUUAAAGAGCUAGAGGAUCGUCACCAGGAAGAUAUUUCAAAAAUGAAGAAAUACAUGGAGAGUUUGGAAACAAAGAUAGCAAACCAAUAUCGGGACUUGAAACAUUACGGCGAAAAGCACGAGAGACUGCAAAGUAAUGAGAUUUCGUUGAAAGCAGAAAUCAUUGCCUACAGGACUCUGCUGGAACUUGAAGAGAAGAGAGUCAAGUCAAACCCAAAAGACGUUAUCGGAAAGCAAUAAAUGUGCAGGAUGGAGCAGGUGAAGCCCUAAAAAGAAACCUGCCCCGCCAACAAGUGACAAGAAGAAACAGACGUAAAUGUGACCUCAUGGAGCGAGCCAGGGAAAGAACAUAUGAUUAAAAAAAAGAUAAAGACGCAUUAUAACCUGUACUGAUUGUGUUAAUUUCCUCUGCUGUUAUUUGGUUUUUUCCUUUGCCUUUGCUUGCUAGCUGUUUCCGUCUAAUGGGUCCAACAUGCAUGAAAUUUAAAAAGAUCAAUUGUUUUGGGAAUCAGACCAUCACAUUCAUGAGGAAUAAGUUGCUUUACUCAAUAUUUAUUUUAUUCUAGAUUGUUGGGAUAUGUGUGGUUUAGUCUGUAACUUUAAACAAAACUAACCUUUCGUGCAUUGUGCCUAUCCAAAGAUUUCUGAUGUUCUGAAGAAAAUAUGAAGGAUAAGUCCCUUAGUUACAUAAUAUGAACAACUAAUAUGAAGUAGUUGUUGACCAGCUUAAACACAAACACAUGUAGAAGUAGGUUGUCCUCCAUU